AUGAUUAUUAAGGAUGAUAAUAAUGAGUUUCAUUUAUCUCACGAUGAAGAAGAUAAAUUGAAUCAAUUUCAAUUAAUUACUUCUUUCCCGGAAGAUGAGCUAUCUGGUAUUGUUAAUUUGUUGAGAAACCAUGGUUGGAAUUUAGAGGCUGCUAUAGGGAGGUAUUUUGAUGGUACUUGGAAGGAAACUGCAAGGUUUGAGUCUGUUCCAGAAUCAGAUAUAUUUGCAACAGAACCUCCAGAGGUUCCAGAACGUAUUCCUAAUAGUAGUUUUAUUGGGGAUUCUAUCACAAAUGACUUUGCAGUGAAUUCUGGGAGUGUUGAGAAUUUGAGAGAUACAGGCCCUUUUGUGGAUGAUAUCAUACGCAAUAGAUUUCUUGCUUCUCAAGUUGUUCCUAAAUUACCUAUAGUAGAAGCAUUACAUCCAAAUUUUAAGCAAAAAUAUAGUGUUGUGGGUUUGAAUAAAGCUCUGAUAUCUCAUGAAUCUACAUUUCAAAAUAAUCCAUUCAAUGUAAUUUUAAUGUUUGUACCAAAAUUACUAUUUCGUAUAGCAUACAAUAUAUUAUCACUUUUAUGGGGUGUUCUCACUAUGGGAUUUUCAUUUAAAAGCAGUGAUAAUUCCCAGAUGGUUUGUAAAAUUCCCGCCAGACCAAGCCAUGAUGAGGUUUCAAUAAAUGAGACGAUACUUAACUUAGUUGAAAGUCCUGAAAAUAAACAAAAGCUCGAAUCUAUAAUAACAUCAAAAAACGAUCAUCAAAAGUCAUUUAACACAUUACUGACCGAAUGUAAAGAUGAUUUUCAAUUUAUUUUGGUUAUUGUGUUAGGUAAUUUGAAAGAGAAAGAAGAACACGAAGCAGAUAUUAAUUCCAAAAGAUUUAUUUCAAAAGUUUUGUCAAAUACAUCAGUAUUAAAUCUACUUGAAGAUUAUGUUGUGAAACAAAAAUCACUAUCGGUGUACAUAAAAAGUGCUAUUGAAUUAGAACCUUGGUUAGUUGCGAAGAAAUUAGCGAUUAGGCAUACCCCGGAAGUUCUUCUAGUAGGAAAUGUUUUGAACUCCAAUGGAUCCAUUAAUGGAAUAACUAGACCAUCGGUUCUAAACAAGGUUAGAAUAAAUUCACCAAAUAAAUUUAUCAGUUCUUUUAAAGUAGCAAUGGAUAGGUUCGGUUCAGAAAUCAUAGUAAGCAAAACUGAAAAGGAAGAGUUGCGUGUGGCUAGAGAAAUAAAAGAAUUACAAAAUAGAGCAUAUGAAACAUCAUUAGAGCAAGACAGAAUAAAGGAAGAGAAAAAACAACUAGAAAAUGAAGAAAAGAGAUUAGAGCAACUCGAGGUUGAGCAAAGAGAAAAAGAAAUCAAACUGUUUAAUACUUUAAAAUCUUUAAAUUGGUUGAAGGCAUGUGUUGAUAUUUUACAAGAUGCUAUUAGUAAUAAUGAGACAGGUUUUUUGGAUACAGUAAAAUGUGCCAAUUUACAAGUGAGAUUGGCAGGCGGUAACAGAUUGAUUAAAAAAAUAAGAGGUGAUGAUAGCUUAUAUUCACUAUAUGUUAAUAUUGGUUGUCAUUUAUUCUUAGAGGAUUUUUCCAAAAAUAUUUCUAAUUGGGUUAAAAUCCUACCAUUAAAAAUCAAGGAAUUGUCUGAAGAUGAUACUUUAUUAUGCUUCAAAGAAAACAACGGCUUCGACAUAGAUUUUGAAAUUAACAAUUUAAUGAAUUUAAUCAAUAAUGAACUUACAAAAUUCGAAACAAGCUUGGAAACAUCUAAUUAUGAGUUAGAUAUUGAUUUUGAAUUAAUUUCACCUUACCCAAGAGUCAAAAUUCCUAUUUCAACGGACACCAAAAUUCAUGAUACCACUGAACUAUGGCCAAAUGGGAGUCUCUUGGUUGAAGAAAUUAUUAAUGAUGAAUAUACUGACGACGAUUCAGAGUAA